GAGGGAGGGGCUAUAAACGGACAACUUCACAACACUCAGACGACAUUUACAACAUUUCGUCCAGUUCGCUUCUCGGUUGCCGGUAAAGACUUUUCUUCACAAAGGAAAUCAGCCCUCAUCAGCCAUGGGUCUGGAGGGGGGAAUGAAAUGUGUCAAAUAUCUGCUUUUCUUUUUCAACUUUGUAUUCUGGGCAUGUGGUCUAGCAAUGAUUAUUGUGGGGAUCAUCGUUCAGGUGACUCUGCACAACACCUUAAUGAUCCGUGAUCCAUCAGCCUCAGGAGCCCCCAUCGUGAUCAUUGUAGUUGGUGUGAUUAUUUUCUUCAUCGCCUUCUUUGGCUGCUGUGGAGCCUGGAAGGAAAACUACUGCAUGGUCACCAUGUUUGCCGUCCUGCUCACACUCAUUAUCCUCAUUGAGAUUGCAGCAGCCAUUACUGCAUAUGUCUUCAGGGGGAAAAUCAAAGGUAUUGUCAGGGAUAGCCUCAAUAACAUGAUUGAGGACUACAACAAGAGUGUACCUGGAUUCAGAGACACUGUGGAUAAGCUGCAGGAGGGCUUGAAAUGCUGUGGUGUCAGCAACUACUCUGACUGGGAUCACUACGACCCUGAGACUCACUCAGUGCCUGACUCUUGCUGUGUGAAUGUCAGUAAAGACUGUGGAAUUGAGGCCCUGUCAAAGCCUACCAAACUUCACAGUAAGGGUUGUCAGGCAGCUUUGGAGGAAUUACUGCAGAAAAACAUCCAGUGGGUGAUAGUUGCAGCUCUUGUAAUUGCUUUCUUGCAGGUACGUAUAUCAAACUAAAACAUACUCUCAAAAUAUUGAAGUUUCUGGUUACGCCAUUUUACACCUGAUCACCU